AUGGUCGUCUGCGAAGCCCCGGUCCAAGGCAUCGUCGGGGCAUACACGGGCAACAGCUUUGCCGUGCAAGCCUCGAUCGCUAGCCUGCUGAGCUGCGCUCUGUAUAGCGCCAUCGAGUUGAUCAUCUUGGUCUUCUCGACAUUCAAAAGAUACCGUGGUCUCUAUUUCUGGAGUCUGCUGGCGUCAGCCUCGCUGGGAGUAAUUCCCGACGCGCUCGGGCUGCUCUUGAAGUACUUCGAGCUCGCGCCCAUUUGGGUUCCCGUCACGCUAUCAACGGCCGGGUGGGCAAUCAUGGUGACCGGCCAGUCCCUAGUGCUAUAUUCACGACUUCAUCUCGUGGUUUUCGACAGGAGAAUUCUCCAUUUCGUGUUGGGAAUGAUCAUCUUCGACGCAAUUGUUAUGCAAAUCCCCCAAAUAAUCGCCUCAUACGGUGCGGUCUACGUCUGCAAUCUACACUUCCAAAGCUUCUUCAACAAGUGGGAAAAGGUCCAGCUUACGGUGUUCUUCGUGCAAGAGGUUAUCAUUUCGUCGUUUUUCAUUGUGCAAACCACUCGGUUGAUGCGCAUGUAUCCAACACAGAGCACUCGGAGGGCGAAUAUUAUGUACCAACUGUUGGCGAUCAACAUGAUCAUUAUCAUCAUGGAUAUCUCAUUAUUGACUUUGGAGUUUACGGGGUAUUUUAUCACGCAGACGGUGCUCAAGUGCUUCUUCUAUACGGUCAAGCUGAAGCUGGAGAUUGCGGUAUUAUCGCGGUUGGCAUCGUUUGUGCAGGCACAUUAUCAGCUGGAAUGCUCGGGAUUGAGCUAG